GCUCCCGUCGGAUCUACAGAAGACCUUUCCGAUUCCGGACUCAUCCGGAGUCCGCUUCUCUUAAAUAAUGCCAACGACAGUUGCGUCCCGUCUAUCAUAGAAUCUUUGCUGGCCAAAGACUCCUCCAACAAAUCCUUCAUCCUUCAUUCUCGUGUCCUCACUGUCUUGUACCCACCCACUGUCUAUCUUCCUGGGGUCUCAUUAUGCGUUCUCUCCAACUCACUUGUUGGACAGCCCUCCUUGUCCUCAGCCUCAGUUCCGUCGUGUGUGCUAUUCCCAUGUCCUUGAAGCCCAUGCCUUCCCUUCCUGCGUUCAAAUCCGUGCCUUCCAACUACAUGAAGGAAGUCUCAAUCCUUUUCACGGCAUCGAAGAAUUCACCAGUUACGACACAGCGUAUAACGAAGGACAAAGCUACCAAAUAUCCCGCUCAGAAAGUUGUCGAAGCGAUGUUCGAAUCGGCGUGGAAGGAGCUGGGUUUGGAACAAUCUGGAAAACUGCCAGUCAUGCAUUUCUUCACGUACCAGUACCUUCGUAAUUGGAACCAUCGAGAAGUGCUCAAAUACGAGAUCACUCGCGAUGCUGCGAAACAUGGGAAGGGGACGUGUAACGAUAAUUGCUACGCGACUGCAACACCAGUUGAAGGAAAAAAUGAUCAUUUCGAUUUUGAGAUCCAAUUGGACGUGGAAGGGGAGGACGGAAAACUUCAGGUCUUUUCGAAGAAGGGAGUCAAGGUAGAUUUGUAGGAGAAAAGGUCCCGUUAGGAUGUGUACUUGAAAUGUGUUUGGGAUUGAAUCCCAC